CGAACGAACGAAACAGACCGAAAGCACACAAAACAGCGGACAAAGCACACAAACAGCACAAGCCGCACACAGCAAUCAACAGACAACAAGAUGAGCUCGGCCAAGUCGAAGACGAAGGUGAAGGUGAAGAAGGAGGUGAAGCUUGAGGAGGAUGAGGCCAUCGACUGGGCCGAGGAUGAUGGCGAGGCUGAGGACUUUGAGGAGCUGCAGCGACGCGAAGAGGCUGUCGCACCCCAUGAUGAGGAUGGCGCAAUUGACAUGUCGCACAUGCAGCUGAAACCCGAUCAUGAAGUGCGCCCCAUCAUUGUGACGCCAGACAAGCGCAUCUUCCUGGAGACGUUCUCCCCCGUGUACCAGCAGGCAGUGGAGUUUCUCAUCGCCAUUGCGGAGCCCGAGCGACGCCCAGAGAGUAUCCAUGAGUACAGGAUGACGCGUGACUCUCUUUAUGCGGCCGCAUCACUUGGCCUCGGCGCCGAUCACAUCAUCGAAGUCUUGCACCGGCUCAGCAAGACAAGCAUCCCGGCUGUGGUGUGCGAGUACGUUCGCCACUACACGUCGCGCUACGGCAAGGUCACCCUCUUCCUUGAAAAGAACAGAUACUUCCUUGAAAGCUCAGAUCCAAGCGUCCUCCAGACGCUGCUGCGUGAUCCCGAGAUCCAGAGCGGCCGCGUCAUGCAAGUGGAGGGCGAAGGUGCAGACGCAGACGGCGGCCUCAUCACCAAGCAGGUGCCCAGCGUCGAUCCAACAAAGAUUGCAGGACUGCGACCGGCCGGCCAGGCAAAGCCUUCAAGUGCAGAGGGGGGAGAUGAAGAGUUGACGGACGCCGCUAUCCUUGCAGCAACAGAACGCGCAGAACUGGAGGCGGCGCUGCCUGAGGACCUGCGGAUGCUGCUGAGCAACAUCGAGGGCGAUGUGGAGAAGGAGGACGAUGUGGAUCGCGUCUCGUUUGAGAUCAAGCGCUCGUCCGUGCAGACCAUCCAGAAGCGACUGCUCAAGGACCUCGAAUACCCGCUCCUGCUCGAGUAUGACUACACACACGACCCGUCCAUCCCGCGCCUGGACAUUGACCUGAAGCCGACGUGUCGCCUGCGCCCGUACCAGGAGAAGAGUCUUCGCAAGAUGUUCAACCACGGCCGCGCGCGCUCAGGCAUUAUCGUUCUCCCGUGUGGCGCCGGCAAAACGCUGACGGGCGUGACGGCGGUGUCCACCAUCAAGCGCCGCGCAAUUGUGCUGUGCACGUCCAACGUUGCUGUUGAGCAGUGGCGGAGAGAGUUUGUGCGGUGGUGUGACGUCGACCACAGGGUUGUACGCAAAUUCACGAGUGCCGACAAGCACAUGCCACCAGAUAACUGCAUCUUGUGUGCAACCUACUCCAUGCUUGCUGCAAAGCAGAACAGAUCUGUGGAGGCGAAGCAGAUGAUCGAGUGGAUCACAGGCCGCUCCUGGGGCAUCAUGAUCCUCGAUGAGGUGCAAACGGUGCCGGCGAAGACGUUCCGUGAACUCCUCACCCGCAUCCCCGCACACUGCAAACUCGGACUUACCGCCACGCUCGUUCGUGAGGACGGAAAGAUCAACGAUCUCCGCUUCAUGGUCGGGCCAAAGCUGUACGAAGCAAACUGGAUUGAUCUUCAGGAAGCAGGGUACAUUGCGCGGGUAAAGUGCUUCGAGGUGUGGUGCCCAAUGGUGCAGUCGUUCUACGAACAAUACUGGCGCACAGAUUCGCACGCACAGAAGAUGAAGCUCUGCGUGUGCAACCCGAACAAGUUCUCUGCGUGCGAGUUUUUGAUCCGCAAGCACGAGGCGCGUGGCGACAAAAUCAUCGUGUUCUCCGACGACAUCUUUGCCCUGCACGAGCUGGCCACCAAACUCAACAAGGAGUACAUAUCUGGCGACACGCCCGACCGCCAGCGCCACGAGAUUCUGGACCGCUACAAGAAGCGCGACGACUUCCGCACCAUCUUCUUCAGCAAGAUUGCAGACAACGCAUUUGACCUUCCAGAGGCAAACGUCCUCAUCCAGGUGUCAUCACAGGGCGGUGCUCGCCGCCAGGAAGCGCAGCGCCUCGGUCGUAUUCUCAGGGCGAAAUCCAACACCAAGACGCGUCCUGGUGAACCCAACGCGUUUUUCUACAGUCUUGUGUCGCGCGACACGAAGGAGAUGGCGUAUGCGACGGCGCGGCAGCGGUUUCUUGUUGACCAGGGCUAUGCGUUCCAGGUGCUGACCCGGCUUGUUGGGUUUGAGGAGGAGGCGAAGGUGACGCCGUUUGUGUUUGAUUCGCCCGCAGAACAGAAGCAGCUCCUCAUCAAGAUUGCAGAGUCCUCCAGCAUGAUUGAGGAGGCAAGGAACGCUGCCAAUGCAGCGAAGAAGGCAAAACGAGCAGGCAAGUCCGUUGUGCAGCGCGCGUCGAUGGAUGCGUUUGCGGGCGCGGGCGAUAUGGUGUAUGAGGAGCGCCGUGUGCGCAAGAAGAAACCUCUCAGGAAACUGCUGUUUGGCCGCAGGAAGUGAUGUGUGCAUGCCUGUCUGUCUGUUCGUUUGUGUGUGUCUGUGCGUCUGUGUGUGUGUGUGUCUGUCUGUCUGUCUGCGUGUGUGUGUGUGUGUGUGUAUGUGUGUGUGUGUGUGUUUUGCAAACACUGCGCCUCUGGGCUCCCUGUUUAGCGGCCGUGAGGAUGUCGUGCAUGGCUGCAGUUGCGUCCUUCGCCCACCCCAGCGCCGAUGUGCAUGACAAUAGAUUCUGCAUAAAACGAACUUGGUUUGUGUCAAUUCAUACGGGCACGCUGCAACAUCAGCGAAUAUGUGCGGAUGGGGAAGAGCGGAGAUGGGAAGCGAGUCGUUGUGAGUCGUGAUGGUGCUUCUGAUGGGCUGAACAGAAGCCAAGCCAGGUGCCAGUAAAC